GGCGCUGAAGCCAUCUCGGGGUGCGGGCAGAGCGGAGGGGCCUCAUGGCGCUGCGGAGGGCGCUGAGCGCGCAGGGGCGCAGGUGUGCGCAGCGCCUCUGCUCCGCGGCCUGGGGGGACACCAUCUUCGCUCUGUCCUCCGGGCACGGCCGGUGCGGGGUGGCCGUGAUCCGGACCAGCGGCCCCGGCAGCCGCGGCGCCCUGCAGAGCCUCACCGGCCGCCCCGCGCUGCCCCCGCCCCGCGUCCUGGCCCUGAGGCGCAUUCGGGACCCCGCCACCGGGGAGCCCCUCGACCGAGGCCUCGUCGUCUGGUUCCAAGGACCCCAGAGCUUCACUGGGGAGGACUGCGCCGAGCUGCACGUGCACGGCGGGCCGGCGGUGGUGAGCGGGGUGCUGCGGGCGCUGGGGAGCCUGCCCGGGCUGCGUCCCGCCGAGCCCGGGGAGUUCACCCGCCGAGCGUUCCGGCGCGGGAAGCUGGACCUGACGGCGGCCGAGGGGUUGGGGGACCUCAUCCGUGCCGAGACCGAGGCGCAGCGGCGGCAGGCACUGAGGCAGAUGGAGGGGGAGCUGGGCCGGCUCUACCAGCGCUGGAGCGACACCCUCACCCAGGCUCUCGCCCACCUUGAAGCCUACAUUGACUUCAGUGAGGAUGACAACGUGGAGGAAGAGGUCUUGUCCCAAGGUGGGGAGUGGCAGGGAAACGAGGCAGGGGCUGGGACCCCCCAUCUGUGUUCUCUCAAUGUGAUUCCUCAUCUCUCCCCAGUGGAUGCCACCGUGCAGGCACUGGAGCAGGAGAUUGGUUCCCACCUCCAGGAUGGGCGCCGUGGGGAGCUGCUGCGAGGGGGGGUCCGUGCUGUCAUCGCUGGCCCCCCCAAUGUGGGCAAGAGCAGCCUGCUCAACCUGCUGUGCCAGCGUCCAGCAGCCAUCGUGUCACCGGUGGCGGGGACAACGCGGGACGUGGUGGAGGUGGCCCUGAAUGUUGGUGGUUACCCACUGGUGCUGAGCGACACGGCUGGGCUCCGCGAUGCCACCGACCCCGUGGAGCAGGAGGGGGUCAGCCGUGCACGGCACCGGCUGCGGGAAGCAGAUCUGGUGCUGGCUGUGCUGGAUGCCACGGCAGUGCCCACCGAGCCAGCGGGGCUGGGGUCUGCGCUGGGGUCCCUGCAGCCCCCCCCCACCACCCCCUGCAUCCUGGUGCUCAACAAGGCCGACCUCCUGAAGGGAAACGGGGGGUCCCUGCAUGCUGCCUGCGCCCAGGGACACCCCAUGCCCCCUAUCACCUUCCUCUCCUGCAAGACAGGCGAGGGGCUCGAGCACCUCCUGGUGCUGCUGGCGCGGGAGCUGGCACGGCUGUGUGGAGACCCCCUCUCGGGCUCGCCCAGCCUGACACAGAGCCGGCACAGCCUCCACCUGCGGCAGUGCAUGGUGGCGCUGGCGCGGUACGGCCGGGAGCGCCAGAGUGACCUGGGGCUGGCGGCCGAGCGGCUGCGGCUGGCACGGAGGCACCUCGGCAGCAUCACCGGGCACGUGAGCACCGAGGACGUCCUCGACAUCAUCUUCAGGGACUUUUGUGUUGGCAAGUGAUGGGCACAAUGCGGGGGUCCCCGGCUGCGGU